AUGGCAGAUCGAACACGGACAACAACGAAUGGCACGGGGGUUCCCCGCUCUCGAAACGGCGCCUCUUCAGCAGGCGUUCGUCGUAAUCUAUUCCAAAGCCAGUUGACCCGGCGACCUACCGCUGGAUCGACUUCUACGUCUGCCGAAACACUGCAUUCAGACGUCGAUAUUUUAUCUGAUACAUCUGAGAUUGUAGUUCGUGAUAAGCACGGAGAAAUUGAGCUCGGGGACCCUCCGACACCGAUAAUGGAAGACGAGGAUGAGUUGCCCCUAGACCAUAGACAAGAGUGUGAGAAGGAAAGACAACGUCUGGCAGAAGCAGUUAAACAUCACCAGAUGCAUCGUCAUGCGAUGACGGAACAACCUGAAGAACUUCUUGAAGCUGUGAGAGCAAGUCUACGAGCCAAAGUGGCAGCCCUUGCCGAAGACAAUUGGAUGUUUGAACCAGAAGAACAACCCCGUGGUUAG